AAUAAAAGGAAUAUAAAUAAAAAAAAAAAAAAACAUAAUUGACCUCAAACCAAAAAGCGCAAAGUCACGUGACCUAAUCUAACCUAACCCGACCUGACCCCUGUGUACGUGUGUGUGUGUGUGCGUGUGUGUGUACGUGGCACCAUGGGCGUGAGUGUGCGUGGCCAGAAACGGACAAGCACCACCAGGAUGAAGUACGUGUUUAGCAAUCGUCCGUGGAAGGUCAUUCACGUACAGGAGAGCCUGGCUGAGGUGUUCCGCUGCUUCAUCUGCAUGGAGAAGCUGCAGGACGCUCACCUGUGCCCUCACUGCUCCAAGCUUUGCUGUUACCUGUGCAUCCGACGCUGGCUGACGGAGCAGCGGCCACAAUGCCCUCACUGCCGCGCCAACCUCCACCUCCACGAGCUGGUCAACUGCCGCUGGGUGGAGGAGGUGACGCAGCAGCUGGACACCCUGCAGCAGGCGGGGGUGAGGCCGCCGCCCCCCGACACGGACAAGGACAAGUGUGAGCGUCACCAGGAGAAGCUGAGUGUGUACUGUUGGACAUGUGGGAAGUGCAUCUGUCACCAGUGUGCGCUGUGGGGCGGCACGCACUCGGGGCACACCUUCAAGCCCCUGGAGGAGGUAUACGAGCAGCACACCACGCAGAUCAGGGAGGAGGUGGCCCAGCUCAGGCGGCGUCUGCAUGAACUCGUCUCACUAGUGCAGGAAGUGGAGAGGAACGUGGAGUCGGUGAGGGCGGCGAAGGACGAGCGUGUGAGGGAGAUACGUAAUGCAGUGGAGCUGAUGAUCGCUCGGCUUGACUCUCAGCUCAAGUCAAAGCUGCUCACGCUCAUGGGCCAGAAGAACUCCCUCACGCAGGAGACGGAGCAGCUGGAGACCCUGCUGCAGGAGAUUGAGCACCAGCUACACACCUGCUCCAAGUCCGAGUUAAUCCAGCGCUCUCCCGACCUUCACUCCAUGAUCACACCCGUCAACAAGAAACCCAUGGCCUCCUUCGUCACUGCUCCCGUACCUGCCGACUUCCAGAGCGAGAUUGUUCCUCAGUACGACAGCAGCACCUUCGUCAUGAACAACUUCUCGCAGCUGCAGCACAAGGCGGACCCAGUCUACUCCCCGCCCCUGCACGUCAACGGCCUCUCCUGGCGACUCAAGGUGUAUCCCGACGGCAAUGGUGUGGUGCGAGGGAACUACUUGUCCGUCUUCCUUGAGCUUAGCGCCGGCCUGCCCGAGACCUCAAAAUACGAGUACCGCGUCGAGAUGAUCCACCAAGGGUCGAGGGAUGCCAGCAAGAACAUUGUGCGAGAGUUUGCUUCGGACUUUGAGGUGGGCGAGUGCUGGGGCUACAACAGGUUCUUCCGCCUCGACCUCCUGGCCAACGAAGGCUACCUCAACACGGAGACGGACACGCUCAUCCUGCGGUUCCAGGUGCGGCCGCCAACCUUCUUCCAAAAGUGUCGCGACCAGGUGUGGUACAUUCACCAGCUGCAGACCCUCCAAGCGCAGUACAUCCAGCAGAUCAACAACCUGAAGGAGAGAAUAGCCAUUGAGCUGUCCAGAAACUCCGUCAACGGCAGCAAGAAUCUCAACACCCCCAGCGGCUUCCCCCGGGUGGAGCGGCCGCAGUCUGCCUCCCCCAAGCCCAACCCCAUCAGCCAGCACCCGCACCACCCCCACCCCCUCCCCCAGGCCAAGCCGCAGCGGACGCACCACAUCAACAAGAGUGUGGAGCCCAUAGAACUGGAGGCCGAGAGGCAGUCCACCAGCUCCUCUGAUACUGAGGAUCUCAGCGAGGGUGAGAUCAACGACCAGGAGGAGGGCCCAGACCACAGCGUCACCACGGCCGAGUACGCCAGCAACGAUGAGAACGAUGUUGACGAUGAGACCAUGAGCGGCGAUAAUGACGUCGAACACUCGGCAGCCUCGUCCCUCCUGGCCAGCCUGCACGAAGCCUCCGCCCUGCACGAGGCACCCAUCCUCAACCACAACCAGUCCCACAGCUCCUCCUCCUUCCUCUCCGACUUGGACUCCCUCACCGAGCAGCUGGGGGCCGUCGGCAGCAGCAUCCAGCCGGACCUCAGCUCUCCGCAGGGUGACGAGAUGAUGUUACUGCACCUGCUGGAGAUGCAGGGGCGGGGCGGGCCAGACCACCGCAGGCCCUGGAGCAAGCCUGGUCUGGGGGGCAUCAGUUCGCGGCACAAGUCCAACCGCAUGGUACGUAAGCCACUGUUGCCCAUCGCCUCAAGUGUGCUGGACACACUGCAGCUCGACAUGGCAACGCUGCUCCAGACCAGCCUGCCCUCCCACAGUGGUCUGCCCUCCUCCCUGCAGACCCAUCCCGGCCUGCCAGACCACGACCGCUCCGUGCCCCACCUGCAGCACCCCCACCCCCUCACCUCCGCCAACUCAGUGACCAAGAGUGGGUACCGCCCGCCCCUGGCUCCCCGCCCCCCAAUGUACCCCCACCACCUGGCGGAGGAGGCUAAGAAGGAGGCGCAGUCUGUGCCGAGUGUGGCAGACAAGGACCUGAGCGAGUCAUCAAUGUGUGACCUCUCGCUGGACCCUGUCUCCCUCUCCGACAUGACCCUGGAGGAGGGGCCGCUGUCCGAAGCUGAGGAGCCUGAGGCGUUGGGGGCAUCAGCAGCAGCAGGAGGAGCAAGCAGCGCGGGUCAGGCAGGCGGUGGGGGCUGCGGUGGAGGGGUGACGUGCGGUGAGGGCGAGGCGAGCGUGAGCAGCGACACCACACCGGCCGGCUACACCAGCGACGGCGGAACUGAGGUACCUUGCAUCCCUGCCCUCAACACCGCAAGGCUCGUCGCACGCAUGAACAAAAUGGCAGAAACCAAAGGAAGUGAAAAGGUGGGCUGGGCAGCGGCAGCCGCUGGCUUCCCGUUUGCCCUUGGCUUCAAGGUGCCCGCCGAGAAGCACACCCAGGACAAAGCUCAGGACAAAGCCAGGGACAAGGAUGAUGCCCGGAGACCCACAAAAGAUGAAAAGCGAGAGUAAGCCGGACCAGAGCGUCAACUCUGAUGAUGAGGCUGACGACGCUAGUGCCAAGUAGUGACGUGAUGCUGAGGGCCGGACGAACACCAACAAAGACGAGCAGCAGCGGGUGCACCAAGAAGAAGAAUGGGACACCGAGUGGCUUGGCACGAGGGCUCCACCUCUCCCAGCUCUGAGGAUUGGAUCUACACCUCAAGGAUGCACUCUUGGCCCUAAAUCUACAAAGAAAAACAACAAACAGCUUGAAACUAUUUGUAACAUUACUCACAGUUUCCUUUCAAGUUAAAAGUAAUACCUUGGAAGUUCCACAUGAUACUAUUCCACAAUAACAGUACAUAGAGGAAGUAUCUUUUCUCCUCGUCAAAUGUUGUGUGAGAGCACCUGCUGUAAGCGUAGGAGCAGCUACAUUGUUGGCACUUGGAUGUUAUUAACUAGACAUUUCUUUGUAUAAUCAGAAAAAAAAUAUGAAGAGCAGCGUUAUGAGAUACUCUGUUGUAUAUUUUUGUUAAUAUUUAUGUUUUCAUAGAUAUUUUUCUUAUUUUUAUAUUUUUACUUUGGCAUUAAAUCUGAUCCAUGUUGGUCUGCAGUUAUGUACAUUCUUAGGCCUAGUCCUGGUCAACUACUGCAUUGUCCUAAGGACCAUAAAACUAAGUACAAUAAUAAUCCGAAGAAUUGGGGAUUCAAGGGACAUUUUUCUGUUGAUGUUAAUUUUAUCCGGGCCGUGUGUUUAGUCCACACAAGCAAGUGUUCAUAAGCUUUAAGUUUCAAGAAAUUUCAGCAAAAGAUUUGAAGCCUUUUGUUUCAUGUUUUUGAGUGUUUCUAAUCAUUGCUUGGGGGAAAUACUCAUGGACUUGGUGAGACAGGACUCAUUGGAUACCAGGUGAAACAUUUGACAAUCUUCAGCACUGCUCACUACAUGUACCUAUAAUUUCAAUGUAGAUAUUAAUAUUCUUUAAAAAAAUUUUGAUGUCACAGAAGUACUCAAAGUUUUCAUUGAAUUAUAAAUUGGUCAGUCUUAGACAACACACUCCUGUAUGUGUAUGAGUGUGUGUGUGUGUGUGUGUGUGUCAGUCAGUCUGUGUGUGAGGCAGCCUUCAGCUCCCAAGGUUAUUGUGUAUGUCACUGUACCACUGUGUAGAAGUUAGAUCCUUACUGUUGUUCUGUUGGUGUGCGAGCCGGUGUGUGGUGGGGCUCGUGAUGGUGAGUCCCGCCAGCACCACCAGGGAGCGCUGUGUCGGGGUGCAGCGAGGCAGUGUUGGGUAGGGACAGUGUUGGGUAGAGACAGUGUUGGGUAGGGACAGUGUUGCGUAGAGACAGUGUUGCAUAGGGACAGUGUUGCGUAGGGACAGUGUUGUGCCGACAGUCAUGUGGAAGGCAACUCUUUGGUUCGUUGUAAUCUUGCAGUGUCUUGUAUAAAUUGUUGAGAUGUUGGAUGAAGUCUACUUUUCUAUAUAUUUAGUUCUGUUGAGAGUUACAGUUCAGUUAUUGGUGCUGUCGAGAUUGUUUCAGUUUCUGUACGCGUUUACUUAAAGUACAUUUUAGAAAUAGUGCUGGGAAAGGUUGCAUUUUUCUCCCUGUGAAUUCUGUACUGUGAGUACCACUAUACUUAAUGUACAAUAAGACCCGAGGCAGCCAGGAGCAAACAUUUCUAUAGUUUCCUACUUUUUGUACAAAUGCUUUACUUAUUUUACUUAAUACAUUAUUAUUUGUUUUUGUACCAGAAAUCAUAUUUAUUUUACAAAUGUAUGAGAAUAAAUUGUACAUUUUA